AUGGAAUUUCAGCGUGAAGUAAUUUCUGUACAUAUUGGCCAAGCUGGGGUGCAAAUCGGCAAUGCAUGCUGGGAGCUAUUUUGUUUGGAGCAUGGCAUUCAACCAAAUGGCCAAGUGGCUUCUGAAUUGAGUCAAUCGGCAAAACACGAUUCCUCAUCACUUACGACAUUUUUUUCCGAAACUGCUAGCGGACAUUAUGUACCGCGAGCUUUGCUAGCUGAUUUGGAGCCAACUGUUAUCGAUGUGGUUCGUACCGGAAAAUACAAACAUUUAUUCCAUCCGGAACAAAUGGUAACCGGUCGUGAGGAUGCAGCAAAUAAUUAUGCUCGGGGACAUUAUUCAAUUGGCAAGGAUAUGAUUGACACGGUGAUGGAUCGUAUCCGUCGUCUGGCCGAGAAUUGUGGUGGAUUGCAGGGAUUCCUCCUGUUCCAUUCGUUUGGUGGCGGCACCGGUUCCGGUUUCACAUCAUUGCUAAUGGAACACUUGACAAUUGAUUAUGGGAAAAAAAGCAAGCUGGAAUUUUCAGUCUAUCCGGCACCGCAAGUCUCGACUGCUGUGGUUGAACCGUAUAAUUCGGUUCUUACAACUCACAGUACUCUUGAGCAUGCAGAUUGUUCAUUCAUUGUAGACAAUGAAGCAAUUUAUGACUUAUGCCAUUACAAUCUGAAUGUUGAUCGACCAUCCUAUCCCAACCUGAAUCGUCUUAUCGCUCAGGUCGUUUCAUCGAUCACGACUUCAUUGCGCUUCGACGGUGUGCUAAAUGUGGAUCUAAUGGAAUUUCAGACAAACUUGGUGCCAUAUCCACGUAUUCAUUUCCCGCUGGUGACGUACGCUCCAGUGGUAUCGGUCGAAAAAGCUUCUCAUGAAUCUCUUUCGGUUUUUGAUAUCACCCGAGAUUGUUUCGAUACUCCCAAUCAAAUGGUGAAGUGUGAUCCAUCGAACGGAAAAUACAUGUCGAUAUGCCUUUUGUAUCGCGGUGAUGUUACGCCGAACGACGUUAAUGAGGCUAUUAAUUCCAUCCGUCAACGCAGACAGAUCAAAUUUGUGGAUUGGUGUCCUACUGGAUUUAAGAUCGGUGUUAAUCAACAGCCACCUACAGUGGUGCCAGAUGGUGAUCUUGCACCUGUACCGCGUGCUCUUUGCAUGUUGGCCAAUACAACAGCAAUUGCCGAGGCAUGGUCACGUUUAGACGUUAAAUUUGAUUUGAUGUUUGCAAAACGUGCCUUUGUGCAUUGGUUCGUUGGAGAGGGCAUGGAGGAAGGUGAAUUCAUUGAGGCACGUGAAGAUCUGGCUAUUCUUGAGAGAGAUUAUGCCGAAGCAAGUAUUACUCAUUCUUAUGAAAAUUAA